AUGCUGCCCCAAGAUCUUCCGAAUCAAGUGCUGCACCAAGAUCAUCCGAAUCUAGUGCAGCCCCAUCUUCCGAAUCAAGUGCAGCCCCAAGAUCUUCUGAGUCUAGUGCUGCACCAAGAUCUUCCGAAUCAAGUGCUGCACCAAGAUCAUCCGAAUCUAGUGCAGCCCCAUCUUCCGAAUCAAGUGCAGCCCCAAGAUCUUCUGAGUCUAGUGCUGCACCAAGAUCUUCCGAAUCAAGUGCUGCACCAAGAUCAUCCGAAUCUAGUGCAGCCCCAUCUUCCGAAUCAAGUGCUGCUCCAAGAUCUUCUGAGUCUAGUGCUGCACCAAGAUCCUCUGAAUCCAGUGCUGCACCAAGAUCUUCCGAAUCUAGUGCUGCCCCAAGAUCUUCUGCAGCUUCUGAAUCAAGUGCUGCCCCAAGAUCUUCCGAAUCAAGUGCUGCACCAAGAUCAUCCGAAUCUAGUGCAGCCCCAUCUUCCGAAUCAAGUGCUGCUCCAAGAUCUUCUGAGUCUAGUGCUGCACCAAGAUCCUCUGAAUCCAGUGCUGCACCAAGAUCUUCCGAAUCUAGUGCUGCCCCAAGAUCUUCUGCAGCUUCUGAAUCAAGUGCUGCCCCAAGAUCUUCCGAAUCAAGUGCUGCACCAAGAUCAUCCGAAUCUAGUGCAGCCCCAUCUUCCGAAUCAAGUGCAGCCCCAAGAUCUUCUGAGUCUAGUGCUGCACCAAGAUCUUCUGAAUCCAGCGCUGCACCAAGAUCUUCUGCAGCUUCUGAAUCAAGUGCUGCUCCUAGAUCUUCUGAAUCUAGUGCUGCACCAAGAUCAUCCGAGUCUAGUGCUGCACCAAGAUCCUCUGAAUCCAGUGCUGCACCAAGAUCUUCCGAAUCUAGUGCUGCCCCAAGAUCUUCUGCAGCUUCUGAAUCAAGUGCUGCUCCUAGAUCUUCCGAAUCAAGUGCUGCACCAAGAUCUUCUGAGUCCAGUGCUGCUCCUAGAUCUUCCGAAUCAAGUGCUGCACCAAGAUCUUCUGAAUCCAGUGCUGCCCCAAGAUCUUCCGAAUCAAGUGCUGCACCAAGAUCUUCUGAGUCUAGUGCUGCACCAAGAUCUUCUGAGUCUAGUGCUGCACCAAGAUCUUCUGAAUCCAGCGCUGCACCAAGAUCUUCCGAAUCUUCCGAGUCCAGUUCUGCUCCAAGACCAAGAUCGUCUGCCGCUUCUGAAUCCAGCUCUGCCCCAAGACCAAGAUCUUCUGAAUCGUCCAGUGCUGCCCCAAGAUCUUCUGCAUCAUCUGAAUCCAGUGUUGCACCAAGACCAAGAUCAUCCGAAUCCAGUGCUGCUCCAAGAUCUUCAGAGUCCUCUGAAUCCAGUUCAGCUCCAAGACCAAGAUCGUCCGAAUCUUCCAGUGCUGCACCAAGAUCUUCUGCAUCUUCCGAGUCCAGUUCAGCUCCGAGACCAAGGUCUUCUGCCUCUUCUGAAUCCAGUUCUGCUCCUAGACCAAGAUCAUCCGAAUCCAGUGCUGCUCCAAGAUCAUCCCAGUCCUCUGAAUCCAGUUCAGCUCCAAGACCAAGAUCGUCCGAAUCUUCGGAAUCUAGUGCCCCUAGACGUCCAGAAUCUAGCUCUAGUGUGCGUUCAGAGUCUUCUGUUUCUGUUUCUCAUUCUGCCUCAGUCUCUGAAUCUAGUUUGGUUCUGGAACUGUCCAGUGCCGAGUCAAGAAAGGAAGGAUCCAGUUCUGUACCUAAACCUUCUCGUUCUAGCUCUGAAGAGGGUUCCAGCUCUGCCUCUAGAAAGCCUGUUAAUAGCUCAUCCAGUUCUGAACCUGCUUCUAGUGAGAGCUCUUCCCAUAGACCUAGCAGCGAGUCGUCUGCGGCUCCAGCAUCAAGAUCAAGCGAUUUGGCAAGACCUACAGCUAGUGAAAGCCACAAGUCAAGUUCAUCAGAAAGUUUUUCUGCAAAAUCUAGCUCGGAACCAAGUUCGAGCCACCGUUUGGGCACCAACCCGUCAAGCUCUAGAGAGUUAA